AUGAAAGGCUAUUUCAUCUUUGCCGUUUUGUUGAUCCUUACCAUCGGUACCGAACUUGCUUUCGGUGACUGUCUUUCCGGAAGAUAUGGAGGUCCAUGUGCAGUAUGGGACAACGAAACCUGCCGCAGAGUCUGUAAGGAAGAAGGACGAGUAAGUGGGCAUUGCAGCGCUAGUCUGAAGUGUUGGUGUGAAGGAUGUUAG